AAGCUACACAAAUAGACUACUUCCUCCUUUGGUUCGUUGUGCUCUUCAGCUCUCUCUCUUACUCCCAGGUUGGCAUACAUCGACUUCUCUGUUGUGGAUGGCGACAGCGAUGGCGGAGGACAGCAACUUCGAAGAUGACCUUUAUGCGAUGUCCACUGAGGAUAUUAUUAGGGCUGCGCGUCUACUUGACAACGAAAUCCGAAUUUUAAAGGAAGAGCUGCAGAGAACGAAUCUAGAAUUGGACUCAUUCAAGGAAAAGAUAAAGGAGAAUCAGGAGAAAAUUAAGCUGAACAAGCAACUUCCUUACUUGGUCGGAAACAUUGUUGAGAUUUUGGAAAUGAAUCCAGAGGAAGAGGAUGAGGAGGAUGGUGCAAAUAUUGAUCUUGACUCACAAAGGAAGGGCAAAUGUGUAGUUCUGAAAACAUCCACGCGCCAGACAAUUUUUCUGCCUGUUGUUGGCCUUGUUGACCCGGACAAUUUAAAGCCUGGUGAUCUGGUCGGAGUAAACAAAGACAGUUAUCUGAUAUUAGACACAUUGCCAUCUGAAUACGAUUCACGGGUGAAGGCAAUGGAAGUUGAUGAAAAACCAACUGAAGACUACAAUGAUAUUGGAGGCCUGGAGAAACAGAUUCAAGAACUUGUAGAGGCAAUUGUUUUGCCUAUGACACACAAAGAACGGUUCCAGAAAUUAGGCGUUCGUCCUCCAAAAGGAGUCCUUUUGUAUGGGCCUCCUGGGACUGGGAAAACUCUCAUGGCCCGAGCCUGUGCUGCACAGACAAAUGCUACUUUCCUUAAGCUAGCAGGACCGCAGCUUGUGCAGAUGUUCAUCGGAGAUGGGGCAAAACUUGUUCGUGAUGCUUUCCAGCUGGCAAAGGAGAAAUCACCUUGCAUCAUUUUUAUUGAUGAGAUUGAUGCUAUAGGCACAAAGCGUUUUGAUAGUGAAGUUAGUGGGGAUCGAGAGGUCCAAAGAACUAUGUUGGAGUUACUUAAUCAGCUUGAUGGUUUCAGCAGUGAUGAUCGGAUAAAGGUGAUAGCAGCUACAAACCGAGCUGAUAUUUUGGAUCCUGCGUUGAUGCGAUCUGGUCGAUUAGAUCGUAAGAUUGAGUUCCCCCAUCCUACAGAGGAGGCUAGGGCUCGAAUCUUGCAGAUUCACUCUAGAAAGAUGAAUGUUCACCCUGAUGUCAACUUUGAGGAGUUAGCUCGAUCCACAGAUGAUUUUAACGGGGCUCAAUUAAAAGCUGUAUGUGUUGAGGCAGGCAUGUUAGCACUCCGACAUGAUGCCACUGAGGUUACCCAUGAAGAUUUCAAUGAAGGUAUUAUUCAGGUUCAGGCUAAGAAGAAAGCCAGCUUAAACUACUAUGCUUAAAUCAACUAGAUGUGCCACAUAUAGCACCUUUUUAUCUUUUAAAAGUGAAGAUUGACAACGUAAUGGUCCCCCAUCCGUUGGACAAUAGCUUUUUAGGUGCUAGACCCGUUGGCUGUUAAUUUGCUCGUAUCACAAAUGGUGCAUGGUAUUAUUUUUGAUAUUUUCUUAAAUUUGUUUUCCUUAUAGUU